GGGGAGGGCGGGGCGGAAAACAAAAUCAACAAAAAUCCUAUAACUCCAGACUCCAGAGAUCUCCUGCCUGGAUGUUGUGAUUCUUAUGAUCAAGGCAUUAAUUUUUGACGUUUUCAUGGGAUGUGUUGAUGCUGUAAGAAAAUGACUCAAUGUCAAGGAAAUGACAAAGAUAGGUUUUAUGAAGGCUGCGGAAGAGAAGGACCUGUCAGAUGCAUCUUCCUUAGUGAAUUUCAUCCAGAGGCUGGCCCAAAAAUUGUGUGCCAGGUACCGAGUAAUUAUAUUUCCAAAGACACUUUUGAAUCAGUGAGCGUGUACAUUAUUCCCAAGGCACAGCUUCAGCGUAGCAUGUUGACAGUGACAGUCUUGGGUUUUAAAAUUUUAGGAUUCCCUGUCAAAAUUGAUGAUAAAAAUUAUAAAAGAAAUGCGUAUUAUUUCAACCUGUGUUUUGUUUGUGAUGCGUGGGCACGUACUGUUCAAUAUGAAAGUGUUGUGAGAAAGUUGUCAGACUACUUGGUUGCAAUGGAGGUUGAGAGUAAAUUUCUCUCAAGUCAGCAAGAUCAUAACGUCGAAAAUGCUCGUUUGCCAAAAAUACUGUGCCAGGUCAUGCAGGAUUUAAAUUCUCACAAAAUGUGUACCCUCACAGAGGGAACUAUGACAACACAUCUCAAAGUUGUACGCAUUUUACAAGAUCCACCUCCAGUUUUAGACCACCAUGUGCCCAUAUUCACUGAGAGUCCAGACUUGUUCCAAGCAGAACAAUGGGAUCUAACUACUCAAAAGGUGUUACCUUACAUUGAUGGAUUUAAUCAUGUGGCCAAAAUUGCUGCUGAAGCAGAUGUGGAAAAUAACUUAGUCAAAGCGUGCCUGCAAAAUUUAGUAUACUAUGGGGUUGUUUCCAUGAUCCAUAUUUUUCAAUACUCAAAUAUUUAUGCAACUACUCCUAAAUUAAGAAGGCUUGCAGAAGACCGGCGUCUUCAAGAGGACUGUGUCAAAUAUGUUGCUAGGUCACCACGUCAGCCACCAACAGUGCGUGAUGUUUUCCGCAUGUUUUGUAGUAUGACUCGAGGCACAACGGUCAGAGAUCUUUGCAUUAGACUUAGUCCUCAUACAUUAAGGAUUAAUGAACGCAGAUUGGUUCAGUUUGGUCUCUUAGAAGGAUUUAUCUGCCGUAUCCACAAGUAUCCUGUGGGUAACGUAGAGAAACCUGAUCCUCAAUCAACAGCUCCUCAAUCUUUCAAUGGCCUUCUUUCCAUGGAUGAAUACUGUUGCCAGUACUCUCUUACUACGCAGAAGUUGGAGGAGUUGAUUGAAAGAGAGCCAAACAUAGUGGUUAUAUAUAAGUAAAAAAUGAAAAACUUUAACAUGUGACAAAAUUAUUUAUUGGAUAUAAAUAAAACCUAUAUUUGUGUUGUUUUUGUAA